ACAAUGCCGAUUUGACCGUGUUUUAGGGUCCGUGUUUUAGGCACGCCCUUUUUAUGUUUUUAUUUACAAACAGAAAAAAUAUCCGAUUUAAAGGCUUUCCCGAACGUUAAAUUGGGAAAUAUCAUUGGGGAACGGUAGUCUAAUGUCCCCGGUCCUAAUUUAUCAACUUUGUACAACGCUGGUGUCAGUCCAGAUAUGAGUAUCGGUAAAACCAACCAAACUCGUUGUGUAAGGAUGUUACAGUCGGAGACUCCCAUGUAAUCCCGGGGAUUUGAGUCUAUAGUUUCACCCGACCGUUUAAAUUCACCAAUUUAAUCACGCUGGAACUCAUGGAAUUGGAAAAUAUUGUGGCCAACACAGUUUACCUUAAGGCUAGGGAAGGUGGAUCUGAUAAUAAUAAGGGAAAGAGCAAAAAAUGGAAGAAAAUCCUCCAGUUUCCCCAUAUAUCCCAAUGCCUUGAGCUAGUUAAUAAAAUAGAUGUUCGGUACGAAUUCAUAGUAGAACAGCAACCGAUAGGCAAACUCCUAUUCGGGCAAUGGUGUGAGCUGCAAGCUUUACAGUACCACCGUUGCUUCCUUCUGCUUGACGUUGCCAAACAAUAUGAAGUCGAGACUGAUGAUCAAAGACAUGAACUGGUGGCCAUAAUUAAACAGUUCCUAGAUAAUCCAGAACAAAAGAAAACGAUCCAAAUCCCCGAAACUGAUCAGUUGUUUACCGAGGGGGAUCACUUAGACAACGGCCGAAACAUGGAUCUGUUUUAUAGAUUCGUACAGUCGGUCAGGUCCUACUUAUCAGGCGAACCGUUUGUGGAGUUCACGAAAUCGAUGUACUUCCAUCGCUACCUGCAAUGGAAAUGGCUGGAAUCUCAACCCGUUACCCAUAAAACUUUUAGGAUGUAUCGCGUAUUGGGCAAGGGCGGUUUUGGGGAGGUGUGUGCAUGUCAGGUUCGAGCUACCGGUAAGAUGUACGCGUGCAAAAAAUUAGAAAAGAAACGAAUCAAGAAGCGUAAAGGCGAGGCCAUGGUACUUAUCGAGAAACAAAUCCUGGAGAAAAUCAAUUCACGUUUCGUCGUCAAUUUAACGUACGCCUACGAGACGAAAGACGCAUUAUGUUUGGUAUUGACCAUCAUGAGCGGAGGCGACUUAAAAUUCCACAUUUACAACAUGGGCGGCGAUCCCGGUCUGGAUAUUAAUCGGACGCGGUUUUAUGCUGCCGAAGUCGUUUGCGGAAUCGAACAUUUACAUAAACAGGGUAUAGUCUAUAGGGAUUGUAAACCGGAGAACAUUUUACUGGACGAUAACGGACACGUGAGGAUUUCCGAUCUCGGAUUGGCCAUUGUUUUGCCCGAGGGGGAAUCGGUGCGGGGUAGAGUCGGCACUGUAGGCUAUAUGGCGCCAGAAGUGAUCGAUAACGAGCGGUACAGCUUCAGCCCGGACUGGUUCAGUUUCGGGUGUCUCGUUUACGAAAUGAUCGAGGGCCAGGCGCCCUUUAGGGCCCGUAGGGAGAAAGUGAAAAGGGAGGAGGUGGAUCGGCGCGUUAAAUCCGAGCCAGAACGAUACUCAAAUAAAUUUAGUGAAGACUCGAAAUCCUUUUGCCAGCAGUUGCUUACCAAAAGCCCAGUGGAUCGGUUAGGGGGUAAAGCGGACCGUCACGGCGCUCUACUCGUCAAACAGCAUCCGUUUUUCCAGAGUAUUAAUUGGAGAAGAUUGGAGGCCGGUAUGGUCGAUCCGCCGUUUAUUCCUGACCCGCACGCCGUCUACGCCAAAGACGUCCUGGACAUCGAGCAAUUCUCGACCGUAAAGGGCGUCAACAUCGACGAGAACGACGCCACAUUUUACUCGAAAUUCAACACGGGAUGCGUCUCGAUCCCGUGGCAGUGCGAAAUCAUCGAGACCGACUGUUACCAUCAGCUGAACCAGUUCGGACCGAACAACACCAGAUCCCCGGAUCUCGUGUUGGAACCCGCACCGCAGGCCAAAAGCGGCGAUUGUUUCCCGUUUCGACGGAAGAAGAAGCAAAUUCCACGCAACCAGCCAGUACCUAUCAACUCGUCACUACUAUCGUCGGUGUCAUAGAACUCUUUUCUCAUAUUGUGUAACUAUUCAUAGCUUUUGAUUUGUGUAGUUCCUUUGUUUGUCAUUGUCUUUCUAUUUAAACAUCCAAUAAAUUUGUAUAUAAACUUAA